AUUGCGAAGCAGUAAGCACUUGGCUGCUGUUGGGCGAGAGCGGCAAGCCACGUUGACACCAAAAGUGCUUCUUUCUUUUCCGGGACUCCGUAAGUAAGAGCACAGAGGCCACAUCAUCAAUCAGAAUGAGUGUUGGAUUCAUCGGAGCGGGCCAGUUGGCUCAUGCACUGGUCAAAGGUUUCACGGCUGCAGGCGUGAUCGCGACACACAGAAUCACAGCCAGCUCCCCAGACACUGACCUGCCCACUGUGACUGGCCUCAGGAAAAUGGGGGUGAACUUGACAACAAGUAAUAAAGAGACAGUCAACAAAAGUGAUGUGCUCUUUCUGGCUGUCAAGCCACACAUUAUCCCGUUUGUUUUGGAUGAAAUUGGGCCAGACAUUGAAGACCGUCAUCUGAUUGUCUCUUGUGCUGCAGGUGUCACAAUCAGCUCCAUUGAAAAGAAACUGCUUCAGUAUCGUACAGCCCCUAAAGUCAUGAGGUGUAUGACCAACACUCCAGUGGUGGUGAAAGAAGGAGCAACAGUAUAUGCUACUGGCACUCAUGCAGAGGUGGAAGAUGGGAAGUUGCUGGAGCAGCUGAUGGCCAGUGUUGGCUUCUGUACUGAGGUGGAGGAGGACCUCAUUGACGCCGUCACCGGCUUGAGCGGAAGUGGACCUGCCUAUGCAUUCACAGCGCUGGACGCAUUAGCAGAUGGAGGAGUGAAGAUGGGUCUGCCCAGGAGACUCGCUGUGCGACUUGGAGCUCAGGCCCUAUUGGGAGCAGCUAAAAUGCUGCUGGACUCCGAGCAGCAUCCUGGCCAGCUGAAGGACAACGUGUGCUCACCAGGUGGCGCAACCAUUCACGCCCUGCAUGUUAUGGAGAGUGGGGGCUUCCGCAGUCUGCUGAUCAAUGCAGUGGAGGCCUCUUGUAUUAGAACACGGGAGCUACAGUUUCUGGCUGAUCAAGAACGCAUCUCUCCAGCAGCCAUUAAGAAGACCACGCUGGACAAAGUGCUCCAGCAGCCUGGAGUCGCAGUCAGCGGAGUGGCCAAUGGAAACGGCAGAUCAGGGCUCAGCCUGUUCAACAACAAUCGCAACUCUGGAAUCAAGAAAAAGAACUGAUUGCAAAGAAAAGCAGAAACACAAACUAAAAACAUUUCAGAUUACCAAUUUACAGAUGGACAUGCGUCUCAUACACCUCUCAGUCAUGCAUCAUGCAGGUCUCAGGAGGUGUCUGAAAAGACCAGACCAAUGAUACAUAUUUCUGUCACCAAAUUAUUUAUUUCAGCCUAUUAUUUUCUAUUACAGUGAAUCUCACAGACACGUGUGCAUCUGUGUUGCACCACUACUCUUUCAUGUGCACAUCGGCACAGAUAAGGGGAAAGUGCAUUUUGUCUGUUCAAAGGCAAAUACCUUGUGUCUGCUCAAUAGACACUCAAUAGCAUUUAUAAUGGGGAUGUUAUCAAGAUACUAAUCAUUCACUGCCGGUACUCCCAGUUAGCAUGCAUAUUUGAUUUGUAUAGCUGUGAAUGGCAAUGAAUGAUUCAUUCAAUCUUGUUUUUCAAAGAUUUUUUUUUUUUUACCUGCUUAGCCAACAAGGUUGGGUCUGAACCAAAAUGUUUUUUUUCUUAUAUAGACACAGUCUUUGUGGACAUAUUAAAAAAAUGUUGUUUUUUUUAUACAAUGAUGAAAGAAUUAGUAACCUUUUCAUUCUUUUUCACAAGUGUCCUAUGUAUCACGCGGUUCUGUUCGGCCAUGGUGGUAAAGUAUCACUUCAGUAUAAUCUGUCCUCAUUGUGUUUUCAAAUAUCGCACUUGUUUUAGAUUAAAUUUUGUGAAGGCAACCAUUUAUGGGCUGGUGUUCCAGUUUCAAGCAACAUUAAACAAGU